UUUACAUGGUGAACAUUAAAACAAAAGGCGCUGUAUACAUAACACGGACUUGUUAUGUCUUAAUUAUAACUUCUUAGUAUUGAAUGAAUACGCAACUGAAAAUUAAUGAAUUAGAUCAUUCGCGGAUAAAACGAUAGAAUACGACUGUAGGACCCCCGCCCGAGGUCCGCACCUCCUUCUUCCACGCUUCCUUCUUCAUCCCUCCCACCACAGAACGCUCACGCUAACGAGUGAGACAAGAGGGGGCUACGUAUGUACUGAACGAGAACUAUAGCAAGCAACGAAGCAUCUUUAGAAUAAAGCAAUCGUCGAAAACUAUUUGUGGUGCCAGUUCUUGUCAAUCAAUAAACAGGUGCUUUUCGUCUUCGAAUUUUUUCUCCCCGACUACGCUGUCCCAUCCCUGGAAACUGCAGAGCAAACAGUUCAAGCUCACCUUUCUCGCAGAAUGAUGCCACGCUCGCUCACAGUUCUUCAGCAGCUCCUCCUGGUCAUCCUCCUGCAUCCAGCGGUCCUACCCGAAGCUCAUCGGCUCCGAAAGCGUCAGACGCCAUGUCCACAUAUUUGUGACACGGCACGCUGUCCUCCACUUCCCGAGCACUGCUACUACGGGGAGGUGAAGGACGACUGCGGCUGUUGUGACAUCUGCGGCGCGGGAGAGGGAGACCAGUGCGGCGGGCGCGGCGCCGGAGUAUGCGGUGACGGUCUGCGCUGCGUUUACCCGCCUGGCAAGCGCCGACCUCGGGGCACGUGCGUGUGCCACUCCAGUGAGCCGGUGUGCGGCAGCGACGGGCGGACAUACCCGAACUUAUGCCGCUUGAGGGCGGAGAACAAGAGGGCACAGCUGAAUAACACACCGCCCGUUCUCCUCAUCCAGAAGAGCCGGUGCGAUUCGGGACCUCAGAAUCCAGACAGCCUACGAAACAGGUUCAACUUUAUUGCAGAUGUAGUGGACAAGAUAGCCCCGGCUGUGGUGCACUUGGAGCUAUUUCGCAGAUUGCCAUUCAGCAACCGUGAAGUGCCAGUGUCAAGCGGUUCUGGAUUUAUUGUGUCUGAGGAGGGCUGGAUUGUAACAAACGCUCAUGUUCUCUCAAACAAGCAGAGAAUUAAAGUGGAGUUGAAGAAUGGAGCCCACUAUAAUGCCAAAGUCAAAGAUGUGGACCAGAAAUUGGAUAUAGCUCUGAUUAAAAUUGAGACAGAUAGUCCCCUGCCUGUUCUACUUCUAGGCCGUUCAGCUGACCUGCGCCCUGGAGAAUUUGUCGUAGCCGUUGGCAGCCCCUUCUCACUGCAGAAUACAGUUACAACGGGCAUUGUUAGCACAACUCAACGGGGUGGCAAAGAGUUGGGGCUGAAGGACUCGGACAUGGAGUACAUCCAGACUGAUGCCAUCAUUAAUUACGGAAAUUCUGGAGGGCCCCUCGUAAACCUGGAUGGUGAAGUCAUUGGUAUCAAUACCUUGAAAGUAACAGCUGGUAUAUCAUUUGCAAUCCCAGCGGAUAAGAUCCGACAGUUCCUGGCCGAAUCUUAUGACAGGCAAAUCAAAGGAAAGACUCUUUCAAAAAAGAGAUAUAUGGGAGUGAGGAUGCUUCAGCUUUCUCCAAACUUAAUCAGAGAACUAAAGGAUCGUGAUAAGGAUUUUCCAGAUGUGACCUCUGGCAUUUAUGUAUUUGAAGUGAUUCCAGGGACUGCUGCUGCAAGUGCUGGUAUGAAGGACCAUGAUGUCAUCAUCAGCAUCAACAGCCAACCUGUCACCACUACAGAAGAUGUCAGUGAAGCAGUGCAGUCAGACAGCACUCUGUCUGUGGUGGUGCGACGUGGGAAUGAGGACGUUAUACUCACAGUUGUCCCAGACGAGAUCGAUUAAAUGCAAUUCUUUUGCCUUGUUAAUCAUACUAGUGCCUCAAAUAUUUGUCACAAAGAAUACAGUAACAGAUAUGGUGACCAAAUGGAGUUGGUAGUGAAAAAAACAUUGUGCAUCAGAAGGAAGCAAAGAACUUCAAAAGAAAAGCACAUUUAUUCUACUUGUAAACAUCUAGUAUUACAUGAAAAAUAAAGUUUGUAAUUGACAUUUUUCUACCAAACUUCUUACGUGGAUUAAUCAUUAAAACACUGACAGCUCAGCAGUUAUGGCCCAGGAGGAGCUUUGAUGACGCAACUGCCUUCAAUAUAAAUGAAUAAAGGAAAGCAAGGACUCAAAAACAUUCAUUUUUUUUGUAUAUGGGUGCCUGACUAAGCGAUGAAGGCAUACCUGCUCGUAAAACUAGCAUUUUCUAUGCAACCCUGUCCAAAAAAAUUUGCAAACUAAAUGGACUUUUAAUAGUUUUUUGAAAAUGUUAUCAUAGAAGGAAAUGCAUCCUUUACAGUUGCUUAUUUUCUGCAUUACAGAGGAUAAAAUGUAUGUAAUAAAACAGAAGAUGUGUUCUUCCCAUUCCCUCUGCCUGUAAAAAGAUGAGUUUAAGUAAAUUUCUUAAUGAAAAUUCACAAAAACAAAAUUCUCUAAAAUGACAGACUAGUUCCUUUGGGCAUAUUUCAGGUGGAAUUCCUUUAGGUCUUACAGAGUAAAAAUCAAAGCAGACAGUUAUAGUAAGAUAUGCCAGCAACCAUGGGCGAUUUGGACUAAUAAGCAUGUGCGGUCACAAUCCACAACAUUGGUUGGUGUUAAAAGUUUAUUCCACAAGGCCAAAAAAAUUUUAAAGAUAAUGUUUAGAAUGUUUAACUUUUAUAUGAUGACAUUUUCUAAAUUCAUAAAAAUUAUAAUGCCACGGUCUUAAAUUCUACAUGCUUAUUCUCGACUUCCUUAAAUAUGUAUGGCACUAUUUAUAUAUAUAUAAGCUUUUUCUGCAUGUGAUGCAGAAUUUCAGGUGAAACAUUAAAUCAACCCAAUUUUUAAAUCCUUUUAUUUAGAUAUGUGUAAUCAAAACACACUCAACUUGCCAUGUUCCAAUUAUGCUACUCUGCAUUACUAACAUACAAAGCAUAUUGCUCCAGAUCAUAUCAACACAAAAAUUCCAGCCCAAUUGUUUUCAAAGCACAUGAUUCAUUGCAUUUUGAAGGGACUCUGAAGUUUAAAAAAGGUGUUAAACACAGACCUGAACAUUUAGUCCAAGACUGAAAAAAAAAAAAUUAUAACUGCUGAUUUCUAUAAUUGCCUUAUCUACCUAAUGAUUACAUUACCAAUACUGUAUAUUUAAAAAUAUCAGUGUUUAAAUUGUUAAGAAUAGUAUCUUAAGAUUCAGUUGUAUGUUUGUCUCACAUUUGAAACUCGGGUCAGAGAAGCAUUUUGUACUUCUUUAACAUUUAUAUGUAAGCAGGCCUUCUGAUAUUUUUUUCCCCACUGGGAUAAUAAAGUCUUCCUAUUAUAUCCUUACCUCA